AUGGAGGGCCCCGGGGCGGCUGGGGGGGGCGCGGGCCCCGGCGGCAGCAACGUCCCCGCCUUCCUCACCAAGCUGUGGACCCUGGUGGAGGAUCCCGACACCGACCCGCUCAUCUGCUGGAGCCCGAGUGGAAACAGCUUCCAUGUUUUUGACCAAGGCCAGUUUGCCAAGGAGGUGCUUCCAAAGUACUUCAAACAUAACAACAUGGCCAGCUUCGUACGUCAGCUCAACAUGUAUGGCUUUCGAAAGGUUGUCCACAUUGAGCAGGGUGGUUUGGUGAAGCCAGAGAAGGACGAUACUGAAUUUCAACAUCCGUACUUCAUCCGAGGCCAGGAGCAGCUCCUGGAGAAUAUCAAGAGGAAAGUAACCAGCGUCUCCAGUAUAAAGAAUGAGGAUAUAAAGGUUCGUCAAGACAAUGUAACCAAGUUACUGACUGAUGUCCAGAUGAUGAAAGGAAAGCAAGAGAGCAUGGAUUCCAAACUGAUAGCGAUGAAACAUGAGAAUGAGGCAUUGUGGAGGGAAGUGGCCAGCUUGAGGCAGAAACAUGCCCAGCAGCAGAAAGUCGUCAAUAAGCUUAUCCAGUUCUUGAUUUCAUUGGUGCAGUCAAACCGUAUCCUUGGGGUGAAGAGAAAGAUCCCCCUGAUGUUGAACGACAGCAGUUCAGCACAUUCCAUGCCUAAAUACAGUCGGCAGUACUCCUUGGAGCACGUCCACGGUUCAUCCCCAUACGCAGCUUCUUCCCCGGCAUACAGCGGCUCCAAUCUGUACUCCCCAGAUUCUUCAGCCAACUCUGGUCCCAUUAUCUCCGACGUGACGGAACUAGCCCAGUCCAGCCCCUCAGCUUCCCCCAGUGGCAGUCUCGAUGAAAGGAGCAGCCCUGUGGUCCGUAUCAAAGAAGAGCCCCCCAGUCCCACCCCCAGCCCCCAGAUAGAGGAGGCCAGCCCUGGGAACCCUUCUGCUGUUGAAACCCCUCUGUCUCCCUCCACCUUCAUUGACUCCAUCCUCCAGGAGAAUGAACCCAACACCACGGCCGCUGCCAGCGACAGCACCACGCAGCCUCAGCCCCCAGAAAAGUGCCUCAGCGUUGCCUGCCUCGACAAGAAUGAGCUAAAUGACCAUCUGGAUACCAUUGAUUCCAACCUGGAUAACCUCCAAACCAUGCUGACCACGCACGGCUUCAGUGUGGACACUAGUGCUCUGCUGGAUCUGUUUAGCCCUUCAAUGACGGUUACAGACAUGAACCUUCCUGACCUGGACAGCAGCCUUGCGAGUAUCCAGGAUCUCCUCUCAUCCCAGGAACAGCAGAAACCUGCUGAGACAGAGGCCAGCACAGCAGACAUGGGGAAGCAGCUGGUGCACUACACAGCUCAGCCCCUCUUUCUGGUGGACUCGAGCGCUGUCGACAUGGGGAGCGGAGACCUGCCCAUCUUCUUUGAGCUGGGGGAAGGGCCGUAUUUCACCGAUGGCGAGGAGUACUCCGAAGACCCCACCAUCUCUCUCCUGUCGGGGACUGAGCAGUCCAAACCCAAGGACCCUGCCGUAUCCUAAGGCUGAGUGCGAGAAUACGCUGUAAAGGGAAAUCCAGCCACCAGCCUCCUUGCUUUGCACAGACAUUGAAAGCUCUAAACACCCUUCGGUCCAUGUUUGCUUCCCCCGGCACUGUGAGGAUUUCAUUUGUGUGUGUGCUUAAUGAGGUGUUUUGAAAUCUGCUUUAGAUUCUAGCCACCCAGUAUAGUGCUCCUCCAGGUUGGCAGUCUUCGGGGGCUGAGCAGUGCCGAUCCCUGUGCCCAGAGAGGCUAGACAGGCACCGGGGCUUGGAAGUGCAGGCGGGAGAUCUGGGUGGUCACAGAAUAGCUAGUCACUAAGUGAGAUUGUGUUUCGUUCUACACCCCAGGCGAGGGGGGCGGCCAUGCCCUGCACAAGGUCCCAACAGUUGGCGAAGGUCAGCAGGCGCGUCGCUCUUGCCAUGGAGACGGGGCGUGGCGGCGGGGCCGCACGAUGCUCCUGGACAUGUAGAAGGGGUUGUGGUUUUGCGGCGGGGAAUACCCCCUCCCCCCAGUGAGGUGGACUUGGUGUUUUUUAAACCUGGCGCUGAUGGGCUGGGUCCCUUGGUGGUCUCUGCCACGCAGUUCGCUCCCUGCUGCUCCGUGUGUGCGUGGCAGGGCCCCUCGGCUCCCCCAGCCCAGCCACGGAGAAGCCGAACUUCCUCUUUUCUUUUCUCUUGCUCCGUGUGUGUUUCUUUUCUUUGUGUUGUUUUUUGGUUUGGUUUGGUUGUUUUUGCUUAGCAGUAAAAAUUUGUACAUUUACACUUCAGAUUGUUAAUAGUAAAAACUGUAUUUUGGAUUUUUACAUGAGAGAAGAAGCGCCCACUUCUAUCUAUCUAUCUCUGUAUAUAUAAAUAUAUAUAUAUAUACAUACAAAUAUCUAUAAAACAAAUGGCCUCUCACCUGCCGGCUCGUCUGUGGUCGAAAGCUUUAUUUCCGUCCUCUCUGUGCUGGGGGAGUGAAGCUGGCGGAGAAGGUCCCAGGCACUAGCCAUGGUCCCGAGAGCUGCUCGGCUUCCACUGUAACUGCCCUUUGCAGCCCUGGGCACCGCCGCGUGGGGCCUGGCUCCAGGUGCUGGGUGCUCUGCCUUUCGACAGUAGCUUGAGCUGUUACCACCCGUGUCCAUAAGAGCCAACGUUCCUGCUUCCAGCUUCAGCAAAAGAAAACAGCAGAUGCCGAAGUCAGGUUUCUCUGGCAUAUCUCAGCAGAGCAGGGGAUGGCUCCAAGUUUGAGUGAUAGACGAUCUGGGGUUUAUUUGGGGGGAGGGGGUCUUUAAAUUCUGUGUUGUGGUUUCCCUGCUGAAAUCCCAUCCCAGGUUUAAGGGCUGAAUUUUCAAGGAUGUUUCUGUUUUCGAGCCCAUUGGGGGUGAGCGUGCAGCUCAGCCCAUGUCAAUGUGCCAGACGGAUGUUGGACACUUGCACGCCUCUGAGGAGUGCUUUUUUAAUAACAAUAAAAGAAAAAUUGCAUUGUUAA